AUGGUAGGAAUGGAGUGGUUGCAUUACCCGUACUGCAAUUUUCUUGGGUCCAUCAACCGACUUUGCCUUCCAACUUCUCCUUACGCCUGAUAGCUGUUUGCUCAUUGCUUACGAGAGACACUUAAGGCUACCCCAAAGAUAGCUAUCGACUACUCCAAAUGGGAUCUUUUUGACGCGAUCAGUAACAGCGACUGCAGUAGCGAGACUGGCGCUGGCCCCAGCAGUAAAGACAGUAGCGACGAGGAACCCGACAGCGACAAGGAAUUUGGCAGCGACAAGGAAUUUGACAGCGACGAGGAGUUGAGCAGCGAAAGGGAGUCCAAAGCCGAGAGUCGCGAGAUCGCGAGCUCAGAACAAUCCAUGUUACAAAUGGUCGUUACUCUAAUUGUCGCUGUCAAGCAAGGCCUCCGGUUCCUUGGGAAGCAUGCACUGGUAAUCUCAAAGCGCGGCUCGGUAGCACUGCGAGUGCGCACUCGCCGGAACGAUGACCGCGAAAGAGUCACAGAAGAUGGAAUGCGUGUCUUCGUGACUUUAAGCGUGUGUCUCAUCCAAACUCUUCUCUUCCUCGGCAUACGCGACCUUCUCUACUACGACGAGCGCUAA